AUGACAGACUCAAACAUCAGCACUACAACACCUACAGGAUCAGCGACCGCAAAACAUCCCUCAUGCAUCCUCUGUCGCAAGAGAAAAGUGAAAUGUGACCGCAAAUACCCAUGCUCAAACUGCAUUAAGGCCAACGCAGAAUGCAUCUUUCGCGAGUCUAUACCGGCUCGCCAUCACAAGCGGAGGGCUGAGCAUGCCUUGUUGUCGAGGUUGAGGCAUUAUGAGAGUCUUUUGCGGCAGCACGGCAUCGAUCCUGGCGAUGAUGCUACUACUUCUGGUGGUGCUGGUGGUAGUGAAGUCCAGCAUGGGAUGAGUGCGCUCAAGUUAAUGGAGUCCAAGCCCACAUUGGGUACUCUCGAAGAUUCUGAUUGUAUAUCGGAUGAUAGCGAUGCUGAGAAUGCAGACUAUCUAUCUCCAAAGCAUGAAAGUGAACCACUCGAUCACGGAUAUAAUAUACUAUUCUCAUCACCGUCAAAUGAGACUCUGACCAGUCUACAUCCUGAUCCUGUGCACAUUUUCAAACUGUGGCAAGUAUUCCUCGAAAACGUGAAUCCACUUACGAAGAUCAUUCAUGCACCUAUGUUACAACAGCAAAUGCUGAAUGCGAUAGGCGAACUGAACUCCAUCGGGAAAGGGAUGGAGGCUCUGCUGUUCUCAAUCUAUAGCUGCGCCCUGCUUUCAAUGACAGAUGAGGAAGCGUACAAGGAGUUUGGUCGAGAGAAGAGUUCACUACAAGCUAGAUUUCGUAUGGCGACGCAGAAAGCGCUUGCUAAUGCGGGAUUACUCAAAACAACGGACUUGGUUCUAUUACAAGCCUUUUGUCUAUAUAUCGUUUCUUGCCGUUCGAUAUACGAUCGACGGACAAUAUGGUGUCUGAGUGGUAUAGCAAUGAGAAUCGCACAGCAGAUGGGCCUACAUCGAGAUGGCUCCCACUUAGGGUUAUCUGUCUUCGAGACUGAGAUGAGACGUCGUGUAUGGUGGCAUAUUAUAUACAUGGAUAAGACCAUCACUCGGUCUUCGGGAUUCAUAUCCGCUCCAUUGCCCGCAAAUGAUACUCAUUACCCGCUGAACGUGAACGACAGCGAUCUUCACCCCAACAUGAAAGAGCCACCGAUAGAGAGAAACGAUAUCUGUACCGACAUGAUAUUCAUUCUACUAAUACAAGAGCUUGGCAAAUGGCAGGAACGUCAACCCAAAUUCGUCGAGUCUAUGUUCUCAGGACCUGAGGAGAAGGCGAAAAUUAGAGAAGAGAAAGCUCAGCGCAGACAGAAAGCAGUCGAUGAUUUCAGAGCAGUUAUCCACGACAAAAUCAUCAGAUUCUGUGAUCCGUCUAUUCCGUUGCAUAUUGUUGUCAAUGCCUCGGCACACACAAUCGUCUCCACGAUCCAAUUGGUCGCUUUUCAUAUCGCAAUCAUGGGCUACACCGAAGUUGAUCAGUUGGCCAUCAACACGAUCCGUGUUCUCGCGGUCGAUGCCACAUCCAAGGCCAACUCCGGUCACCCCGGAGCUCCUAUGGGUUUGGCUCCUGCCUCCCACGUCCUCUUCAGCAAGUUCUUGAACUUCAACCCCAAGAACCCUAAGUGGGCCAAUCGCGAUCGAUUCGUUCUCUCGAACGGUCACGGAUGUAUGCUCCAAUAUGCUCUCCUCCACCUCUUCGGAUACGAUCUCACUAUCGACGACCUGAAGGCUUUCCGUCAACUUGACAGCAAGACCCCUGGUCACCCUGAAUCUCACGACACCCCCGGUAUUGAGGUCACUACCGGUCCUCUUGGCCAGGGUUUUUCCAACGCCGUUGGUCUCGCCAUCGCUCAAGCUCACACUGCCGCCGUCUUCAACAAGCCCGGCUAUGACCUUUUCAACAACUACACAUACACCAUCUUCGGUGAUGGCUGUGCUAUGGAGGGUGUUGCUAGCGAGGCUGCCAGUACCGCUGGUCACUUGAAGCUCGGUAACCUCAUUGCUAUCUACGACGACAACCAUAUUUCCAUUGACGGCGAUACCAAGUGCGCUUUCACCGAAGAUGUCUUGAAGCGUUUCGAAGCCUAUGGCUGGCAUACUCUUGAGGUCAAGGACGGUGACCACGACCUCCAAAGUAUCGAGGAGGCCAUCCACAAGGCCAAGCAGGUCAAGGACAAGCCUACCGUCAUCAAGGUCACCACCACUAUUGGUUUCGGCUCCAAGCUUCAGGGUACCGGUGGCGUCCACGGUAACCCCCUCAAGGCCGACGACGCCGAGGGUGUCAAGAAGGCUUUCGGCUUCGACCCUUCCCAGAGCUUCGUCGUGCCCCAGGAAGUCUACGACUUGUACAACAAGACUGCCUCCGCAGGUGCUGCCAAGGAACAAGAAUGGAACAAUCUCCUCCAGAAAUAUGCUGGAGAAUACAAGUCUGAGCACGCCGAUUUGACCAGACGUCUUGCUGGCAAGCUUCCCGAGGGCUGGGAGAAGAGCCUCCCUACCUACAAGCCUACCGAUGCUGCCGUUGCCUCUCGUAAGCUUUCCGAGACUGUCUUGGAGAAGAUCUAUAGCGUUCUUCCUGAGCUUCUCUCUGGUUCCGCUGAUUUGACUGGAUCCAACAACACUCGCUGGAAGGCUGCUGUUGACUUCCAGCCCCCUGAGUACGGCAUUGGUGAGUGGAGCGGUCGUUACCUCCGCUACGGUGUCCGUGAGCACUCCAUGGGUGCUAUCAUGAACGGUCUCGCAGCUUACGGUACCGUCAUCCCCGCUGGUGGUACUUUCUUGAACUUCGUUUCCUAUGCUGCCGGUGCCGUCCGUCUUUCGGCUUUGUCUCAGGUCCGUGUUAUCUGGGUCGCCACUCACGACUCCAUCGGUCUCGGUGAAGAUGGACCUACUCACCAGCCUAUUGAAACCCUUGCACACUUCCGUGCUUUGCCUAACCUCAUGGUCUGGCGUCCCGCUGACGGCAACGAGACCAGCGCUGCCUACUACUCCGCCCUUACUUCCAAGCACACCCCCUCCAUCCUCGCUCUUACCCGUCAGAACCUUCCUCAGCUCCAGAAGUCAUCCAUUGAGAAUGGUCUCAAGGGCGGUUACGUUGCUGUUGACGCUCCUGAUGCCGCCGUCGCCAUUGUCUCCACUGGUUCUGAGGUCAGCAUCGCCAUUGACGCUGCUCAGUACUUGAAGGAGAAGCACGGUGUUUCUGCUCGUGUCGUCUCUAUUCCUUGCUUUGAGGUCUUUGACGCUCAAUCCAAGGAGUACCGUCUCUCUGUCCUCCCUGACGGUAUCCCCAUCUUGUCCGUUGAGGCUGCUUCCACUCUUGGCUGGGAACGCUACUCUCACGAGCAGUUCGGUAUCAACCGCUUUGGUGCCUCUGGCCCCUACAAGAAGGUCUACGAGAAAUUCGAGAUCACACCUGAGGGUAUCAGCAAGCGCGCCCUUGCCACCAUUGAGUUCUACAAGGGUGUCAAGCCUCGCUCUCCUAUCAACCGUGCUUUCCAGCAACUUAUCUAG